CAGAACCAAAAUCACCCAACUCGAUCGUUUCCUCAUAACUCUGGCGAGAAGCUGACUCGAGGGAGAAGAGAGAAACUACGAGUCUAUUUAGAAGUUGCAAGAUAUGUCCGCCGAAGAAGAGGAAAACGCCGCUGAGCUCAAAAUCCCUGAUGAAUUUCUCAAAGCCAAGUGUCUAAUGAAUUCGGAAGUUGCCCUAAUUCUUGAGCACAAGUACGAUCAGCUUCAGCAUACGAUGGAUGAUCCGAUGAAUCAAAUGUCACAGGUUUUUGAGAAGUCUCUCCAAUAUGUGAAGCGAUUCAGCCGAUAUAAGAAUAAUGACGCUGUCAGACAACUCUGUGUGCUCGGGAACCUUUGUCCAGAAACUGUUGAGGAAGCCAUAGCCAUGGUCCCGUCAAUCAAGACUAGAGGACGGGCACAUGAUGAUGAGGCGAUUGAGAAAAUGUUGCAUGACCUUGCUCUCAUCAAGAAGUUUGAGUAAUCGUAAUCUGCUGCUAUCUACGAUGUUGAAUUUACCCAUGCCAUAAUUUUUAUGCUUUUAUGUUUGGUUAUGUUUUGGUAUUGUAUUAUAGGAUGAAGCACAAUGGUCAACUAGAUUAAAGUUUCCAAACAUGAUCUACUGCACAAGACUACUGCUCAGUACAUUGAACCUUAGUUUGACCCAUGCAACUAUAUAACAUGCUUAUUACUUUGAAUUCUCUGUUGGUCCUAAACUCUAUUUGUGGUACAUCUUCCUUAAAACAAUAAGGUUAAUAGAAUAUUUUUUUUUUUUUUCAAAAACAAUAAGUACAGGACUGACUUGGAAGAGGUGAAAUACCUAGUGUUAUAAUAAUGAGAAAAUUAUACAUUUC